AUGACAGUCACUGAGCUGAUCCUCUUGGGCUUUUCUGAUGAUGUUAAAAUUAACACUUGCCUCUUUUUGUUAUUUUCCAUCAUCUACGCCAUAACAAUUUUUGGAAAUGUUCUUAUCAUGUACGUGGUGUUUAUAAACCCUCACCUACGGACCCCCAUGUACUUCUUCCUGGCCAACCUGUCUUUCAUUGACCUGUGCAAUGCUUCCUCAACUGUACCCAAGCUGUUGGUCGACCUCUUCUCCACUUAUCGAAACAUUUCGCUCAGCGCUUGUCUCAUACAGUUCAAAGUUAUAUUGUUGAUAGGGACGACGGAGUGCAACCUACUGGCCAUCAUGGCUUAUGACCGGUAUGUUGCCAUCUGCCACCCUCUUCACUAUCCCGUGGUAAUGAGAUGGCACAUCUGUUAUUGGCUGACAGCCUUGUUGUGGUUAUUUAGUUUUACCAUUUCGGUUAUGCCAUCUAUUGCCUUACCCCUAGUGCUAUGCUACCCAAACCAGGUUGAUCACUUCAUGUGUGAGAUUCUAGCAUUGCUCAAGUUGUCAUGUGAUGAUACCCGAAUUAAAGAAAUUGUGAUAUCUUCUCUUAGUUUUAUCACUUUAUGUCCUCCCUUUGUCUUUAUUGUUACAUCUUAUGUUUUUAUUAUACAUUCUGUCCUAAAGAUCCAGUCUACAAGAAGAACUAAGGCUUUCUCGACGUGCUCUUCCCAUGUUAUGGUGGUGGUGUUGUACUUCGGUACUGGGAUAGUCACAUACUUUGGACAGACAGACGAGGACUCAAUAAACCGGGAGAAGUACACCUCUGUUUUCUAUGUUGUAGUCUCCCCAAUGUUGAAUCCACUGAUUUACAGCUUGAACAACAGAGAAGUUAAAAGAACACUUGUUAUGGAAAAAAGAAAUUCAUACACUAGAAGAGAAUAA